CAUGUGUGGAGGGCAAAGCAAGAGUCUUACUAUCAUCAGCAUCCGCAUCAUCUUCAUUUUUCUCUCAUCGAAACAGCGAUGGAUAUGGAUAUUGAAAAAGACAAUUGUCAAUUCAAAUACAAUAUACGCAAACAAAAGUCAUCCAACACUUCGACGUCCUCCUCAAGUCUUUCCAUUUCAUUGACCAGUAGCCUGAAACGCAUGGAAAACAUGGAGGAAAUGCAAAUUAAAAUCGAAAGUGAUAGCUCAUCAACAGACACAGAGCUAUUUCCAACAUUUUAUACCGAAAAUAGCCAGAGUGGCGAAAUCAUUAUGGCGUCCACCUCCUCAUUUACAGCUACAGGCCAAGAAGACUCUUGCACGGCUACAGCUUCAGCUACUGCUACACCAUCAACAUCCUCAGCUACUGCCACUGCUGCACCAUCGUCGAGCCUCAAUAAGACCGCUCUAAUUGCUUUGCAACAACUAGCCUCCAUAUCCUCGACACACAGUAUUGAGCGUCUUUUGCCUCAGUUGCCCAAAGAUCUGUUGGCCCAAAAUGAGACGUUAGUAUAUGCCGGAAGACCAGAUACACUGGCUAAAGAUGACGAUGAUCUGCUGAUGGCCUCUAAUUCACAACAGCGAUAUCCUUGCCGUGUCUGCGGCAAAAGUUAUUUGCGCAAAGCCCAUCUGAAACGUCACAUUACCAACGAAUGCAUAGGCAUCGAACCGAAAUUUCUCUGCGAAUUUUGUCCAUCGCGCUAUAAGCGCAACGAAGAUCUAAAACGGCACAUGCUAAAAGUGCAUCAUAUGAUGUUGCCAAAAUCCCGGACAUCAAUAGACUCGUACAUUGACGAGGCCACAGUGGUUUACGGAAAUUCUUGUGGCCCCCAAUCAUUCAUGUCGUCGCCACUGGUGCCUGACUCCCAGCAAGCAUCGGCAUAUAGUAAUGGUCAACGCCAUCGGCAACAUCACAAUCAAGACUAUCACAGGCGUUCGCCGCCACCGCUAUCGCCUCCGGUACGUUCGCAGCAUCAUCAUUUACCUUAUCGUCGCCAGACAUCAGCUUCAAGCGACUUUGACAAUCAAUAUUUUCUGGAUUAUUGAAGACGAAGGUAUUCCUAGAUAUGCCCUAAGCCCUGCCACAAAGAAAGCCUAUUUUGAUGGUACAAACAAAGUAAAAUUCUUUGAAUCAUUUCCAAUAUGGAAGACGACUUCUUAUAGACUGUAUGUUUUUUCACCUUUUUUUGUUUUAUUAUGUGUAUAUGUGUCUGUGUGUAUUUUUGUCUUUAUUUUAAGUAAAAGUAACACAAAUUAGU